AUGGUGCCAAUCACAAUUUCUGAUGAUUUUGAUAUUAAUGAUUUCUGUAGGUCCCAUUCCCAAUCUCACUUUCAAGCUCCCACAUUGCAAGCUGCUCGUGUCCAUGCCGAUAAUCCAAACCAAACGCCAGGAUUGAGUAGCAGCAACAAUAGCAAACAAUUUGUGCCGAAUAGACACAAAUUAGUUUACAACCCAACUUCUAUUUCAUUGACAGAAACUUCACGACCAAGAGGAAAUAGUAGUGGCAAUGUGGAAUUCAAUUUAGAAAAUAUGAAAAAAAAAAACAGAAGCUAUGACUUAGAUACAACCGAAGAACAUAAAUAUCAGCCUUAUCCAAAUCAGCGAAGUCAGUAUUCUCCUCAAGCUCCCUCACGCAAUACUUCGCAGUAUGCAGGAACUAAUGGUUUAAUUGGAGCAUUAUCUAUGAAGCCUUCGUUUAAAGGAUGGCUACCCUCCAUGCCAAAAUUAAGAGGAGAAGGAACGCCUGAAUCUUUUCGAAAGAUAGAAAAUGAACAAAAAUAUCAAAUUAUUGAUCAUCAAGGUAGUGAUAUUGUUACAACUGAGGAAGAAUCAACGGAGGAUAUUUCUCCUCUUUACCAAACACACAACGGAAGUCUACCCUAUGGCCAAAAUGGAUAUGACCACUCCAGAAAAUCUCUGGCUUCUUCAUCAUUUAUCAAUCAAAGCUGUGAUAGUAAUCAGUAUCAUUGGGCAGCAGACUCUAGGAUACCGGAUCGCUUUUGCAGUAGCGAAGAAUAUCAUCACGAUAAAAUCAAUAGGCAAAAUAGUAUUGUUUUCGACGAUGGUAAAUUAUUUCUUCAAGGACCCAAUGAUCGUCAAACUUUAAGCUUACAAGAUAUUCUCAAAUUGAGACGUGGCAACCCUGAGGAAAUAUUACUUUCGCUAGGUUUUGGCGGCAGUUUACCUACAGAUGAUGUCAUUACAAGUAUAUUAAAUCGAAUUCCACCUCGAUUUCAAGGUAUUGACAUUGCAACAUUGCUAAAUUCGUUAAAGUUAAGUUCAAGGAUUAAAGACGGUGUAUUUGGAGUACCGCAUCAUUUUCAUGUUCGCGUUAGCGCCGAUGAUGAAGAAGAAGUGGAGACUGAUGAAAAGCAGUCCAAAUCGAAAUGUAUUCCUGUCGGAGACUACGUUGAUUUAAAACAUAAAGGUCAUACUUUACAAACUGUUAAGUCUAAAUUACGCUACUCUAGCCCAAAUUUAACUACUGGUCGUGAUAAUCAUCCAAUCGUCAACGCAAAAUCGGAAAGCCACCUUAAUGGCGUUAGUCUUCAGAGCAGUUAUGACGAUGACGUAUUUACUAGUCGUGAUAAAAAUGACCAUAAUUAUAGUCCAGAUUCUAAUAUAUUCCGGCCUUUAAGUAGGAUAACUUCUUCAUCAUUUGUAGAAAUUGAUGACCAAGUUUUACAAUCAUUGCCUAAGGGUGAAUCUUCUUAUCAACUCAUUGAAUCCAAUUCUCCAGACACUGCACCAAACGACGGUAUUGAUCAAGAAGUGAAAGCAAAUUCUAGUUUAUCACCUGGUAAAUCUUCCACAAUUAAACAACUCUUUCAUGGCUUACGUCAACGAUCUAGCAAAAUCAGAUCAGGGUUAAGAUCAAGUCAAAGUCAAUCGGUUGAUGAUAGUCAGCUUGAUAGCAAAUAUUUUAAGGAUCAAAAAUAUCAAAGUAUGCCAAUACCCUAUCGUUAUGAUGAUGCCGGUGCCUUUUCCAGUGAAAACUACAUUGUACUUGAUUCGUUGCGGAAGAAAUCGACAUCUGUAUCAUCAUUACCAUCAUCUCCAACAUCAAGAACUGCGCUUAGCUCUGACAGAACCUUUUCAAGCUCAGAUUAUGAUGAUCAUAAUAGUGAAAUAGAAACUGUAACAAUAAGUCGAAAAACAUCGAUGACAUCGAAGAGUAGCGAUGGGCGAAGGAGACGACUUUCAUCCGCAUCGCUAAAUGAUCAAAUCAAAUUACUAUCUGAAAAUAUUCAACGUAAUGAUAACCCAUCUAAUUCAAAGCAUUCUAUUGAUGAUGGACCUUGUAAACGUGGCCUAUUGACGAGAUCACAUGCGGUAUGCAAUCCAGAGUAUAUUACACAAGAAGUGGCUGAAAGUAAGCAAGGGGCGAAGGUAGAAGAUAAUAACUUGGAUAAGCCUGCAGUAAAUAAAGAAAAGUCGGUAGCUUGGCCUGAAAGUAGGGAAAUUAAAGAUACACCUGAAGAUGGCAAUUCUUCUCAAGAAAAUGCCGUAAUGCAUAGACAGAAACGAAAAAUACCGGUUGAUCGAUCCUUAGCUACAUUAAGUAGUGCCAGCCUUUAUUUCGAUACCGCAUCCGAUGAUGUCUUUGAUAAGCGAUCGAACGAGUCUGUGCUUUCUGAAGGGAAAGAAAGAGCCUUUGAAGAGAUUGCAAUGCUUGAAGAAGCAUUGAACGUUUAUAAAGAAGAGCAAAAUAAUAUUGCCGACAGCACUAAACAAUAUAUAGAUAAAUUUAAGAAGGAUAGUAAAUUAAGAAAUGAUAUCGAGUCAUUACUGUUUUUUACACACGAAAAUCACUAUCGAUAUGAUAUUGGUUUAGCCUUAAGUCAGAAGAUGCUUAAUUUACUGCAAGACCAACAAAUUAUGGAAGAGAAUUUAGAGAAAAUCUAUUCUAAGUUACAAGAAGAAGAAAGCCAGCAUCACGAAGAUGGCAACGAUCUAAUUUUACCUCCAUAUGAUGACAUUAGCAGUCAUGAGAUCCUUGAUGAAGUCUUUGAUCAAGAUGAGGCGAUUAAUCAUCGCGCACCACUAUCGAAAGAGCUACAGAGCGAAUUGCAUUUACUUAAGAAAACACUAGAACUGGAAAGAGGGCAAAUUAAGCAUCAGCUAACUCAUUCUUUACAACAGGUCAAGAAAGCUGUUGAGCAGUCUAUCCAGCGACAAUAUGAAAAUAAAUUGCAAACAUUACAAGAGCAGCUAAAGGCAUGA